CCCAGGAGGUCCAAACGUAACAGCUUCGCUUAUCCGCGGUACUGCUGUUGCUCUUAAAGGAGACGCAUCCCUAACAGGCCUCGUCUCUGCCAAAGAAAUAUGAGGGUCAUAACAGUUGAAUAAGGGCGAUAUGGACUCGGAGGAAGACGAGGUUUCCAGUAUUCGUCCUGGGAUUGAGACAACCGGAGACUCAACGGAGGCCGCAAAACCAUCCCCGGACUCGACUGAAGCGUCUAGCCGGAGAAGAGGAAGUAGAAGGGGCAUGAAACCCGCAGUGACCUCCCCGGACUCCGGUAACUGUCGGUCUGGCACCGAAAGUCCUGUGCGUGUUUUGCGAGCUAGGGGAGCUGGAGCUGGCACAACUAGCGAGUCAAUGGAUGCUACUUGCAAGAAAAAACCUACAAGUCUGCACCGUGGACGUGGGAGACCCGCAGGAUCACGCACCAAAAACACGCCCGUCAUGCAACCUACAAUAAAGAAGUCCACAGCCAAAAAAGCAUCCAAACAUGGACCAAAGCUGUCCAAAUCUAGAAAGGGCAAAGGGAGAACUCCAACCCGAGCCUCUCGUACCACACCAGCAACUGCAUGCAAGCCUGAAGCAGAGAUGGAGGCUUCAUCAUGUGAAGAGGGAACAGGUGCUUUAAAAGGAAGCAAUAACAACGUUGCAGAUUCAGACGCGACUUACGACGAGGACCCUCCAUUCAGAGAUGACCCAAAUGACCUCAUCUAUAAACCCGAGACAAAGACGGAAAAAUCCAGGCGCCGUAGAACAUUGCAACAAAAGGAGGUGAAGAAGGAGGAGUCAGAGAAGGAGGAAGAAGGAAAUUCUAUUAAAAAGGAAGAAUCAGCCAAGGUUGUGGUGCAUCGAGAAGAUGGAGCGGGUGAUAACACAGAGCUACCAAGGAAGAGAGGUAGACAACAAAAGGAUGACAAAGCCCCUCGUCUGCCAAAACGAAGGAAAAAGCCCCCAGUGCAGUACGUCCGCUGUGAAAUGGAGGGCUGUGGUACCGUCUUGGCCCACCCACGCUACUUACAGCACCAUAUAAAAUACCAGCACUUGCUCAAAAAGAAGUACGUGUGUGAUCACCCGUCGUGUGGGCGCUUGUUUCGUCUGCAGAAGCAGCUGUUGCGUCAUGCUAAACACCAUACAGAUCAAAGGGACUACAUCUGUGAGUAUUGUGCUCGAGCCUUUAAGAGCUCCCACAAUCUGGCUGUGCAUAGGAUGAUUCACACAGGAGAAAAGCCAAUACAGUGCGAGAUCUGCGGCUUCACCUGCCGUCAGAAGGCCUCCUUAAACUGGCACAUGAAGAAGCAUGAUGCAGAAGCCUCCUACCAGUUCUCUUGCUCCAUUUGCAGCAAAAAGUUUGAGAAAAAGGACUCAGUUGUUGCCCACAAGGCCAAGAGCCACCCCGAGGUGCUCAUAGCUGAAGCACUUGCAGCUAAUGGGGGCUCAGUAAUAAGCACUCCCAUCCCGGUCCCAGAGACUCUCCCAGAGACUCUCCCAGAGACUCUCCCAGAGACUCUCCCAGAGACUGUCCCAGAGACUCUCCCAGAGACUCUCCCAGAGACUGUCCCAGUGCCGCCCCAGGCUGACCAACCCUCUGUAAGUCAGGGGAGCCAGGAAGCGGUGCGUGGUACACUCACUCCACUGCAGCAGGUGGUGCUGCCGCUUGCUUCACAGACGCAGAGCGAUGUAUCUCAGGGCCAGUUCCUCCAACUCCCCACGCAUCAUGUGGUGCAGGUGACCCAUCAGCAGCAAGUCCCCACCUUGCUGCACCUCACCACUGCUACUCCUGCUCACCUUUCCAACACCAGCCACCCUCAGCUCAUCCAGUUCUCCACACUUCCUGCCUGCACUGUCCCAUCCAUGUCCAUUGCAGACCCCCAGACCACCCUUCUCACCCUGAGCUCUGUCACCUCUCUGGCCUCCACAGCCUCCCUGGCUUCCCAGCAAACCGUGCAGUGGUCCAGGGAUGCUCACGAGGAUGCACAGCUGCCUGGGGAAGGGGAGCUGUGGGAGAGGGUGGUGGUGGGUGGUGGCCAUCAGGAUGUAGGGGGAAUGAUGUGGGAGGGUAUUGGGGAGAGGAGGAAAGAAGAUGAGGGGAUUGUUUGGGAGAGGGAAGGAGAGAGACAGAUUCUGUUACAGUGUGCUGAGGUUCAUGGAGAUAGUUUAAUCUAGAUAGAACCACAAAAUGAGCUGAACGGGAUCUUUUAUGGUCAGUAAUCUGAAGGAGUAGAAGUGUUGGUUCUAGAAAGGAACAAAAGACUGAAGGACCUGUCAAAAGUUGAUAAGCUGACAAAAAUAUAUAAAAUAGACUUUAUGAGUGUAACACAGUAGUCAUAUAUAGUACAUAGCUACACAGAGCUACUUUACAUCAGGGAGUAUGAUUUAUAAUAUAGAUUACGGACACCUCUUUUACCACUUAAUGAAUAUUUUGUAACGUUCUGCUUUUGUCACCCUUGUGUUUGUAUAUAUGUGUGUAUGUUUUUAAUUUUCUUUUUCUUUUUUUAGAUUAAAAAGACUGAAAAAUGAUUGUGCAUAUUGUACAGGGAAGUCUAAAAUUACAUUUAUGUCCCCAUAGUAAUCCUGUUGUGUUUAUAUGCAGUUUUUUAGUAACAGUAUCAUUGACAUAAUUGGGUUUCAGUUACGUGAAAGUUGCAGAAAAAAUGUAUCGUGAGCAACAACUACAACCAAAUGAGGUUCUUGGGGUAAAAGAAUCUUGAGACUUGGAUUUUUUUUUUUGUCUGGCCUUUAGACAAAUCUAAAUGGUUCUGCUUUCAUUUGGGGUUUUAACAAAAAAAUAUCAAAGACAAAAUCUAAAAUAAGAUUUUUGAAAUCCUCGAGAAAGGUUAGAUUGUUUCUUUACAAAAUGAAGCAAUGGAGCUUUUAUACAGCUGACAUUUGGACUUGGCCUUGCAGGAAAAGCACAGGUGUUAUUACUAUUUCUAACAUGGCUCCGUUCUAUUCAGUGUCCCAGUAAGUCAUGACAAUGUGACAGUGAACGAGCAUGAACGAAACCAGGACCAUGAUUUCCUACUGUGAUAACAUGUCAGAUUGUCUUGUAAAAAAAAGCCUUCCUCGUUUGAUAGUGGUGGCAGUAGUGUCACUUGGCUUCCAAAUUGUACUCCAUGCCGUUUUUAUUUAAUUACAGAUUCUUGCUUUAAUAUUUUUUCACAGUUAAGACUAUGCAGGCAGCAGUAUUAUGAUUGAAGUGUUUUUUGUCAGAAAUUUGUUUUAAAGCAAUCUUGGAUAAUAAAAUAUACCUCUGUACACUGCCACUACUACUGAGCACUCCUAAUCUUACUGAAUUUAUUAGAAAAUGUAUUCAGAGUAACUACAAUAAACAAAUUAUGUUCUGAA